UGGUGACAUGCUUUGUUACUGCGGCCUUUGUUUUAUUCAACAUGGUGGUCGUAGUCAUGGUGGUUCCUUCAUGCGAGCAAGAUCAGUCUGCAGAGAAAAAGCCGAUGAGGCGAGGGAUUUGCAAAAAUAACCACACAGUACUUAAGGAAAGGUACGACAGGAAUCGUUGCCCAUAUGCUGAGAAAAUUGUGGCUGAUCAUGUCAAGGAUCUUUUCGCCAAUGACCCUAUCGUAGUUGCCAACUUCAUUCGCAACCUCUUCCAUGACUGCUUCGUUAAUGAAUGCGAUGCGUCGCUUUUGUUAGACUCGACGGAGAGUAAUGGAUAAGGUACAGAAAAGUUCUAAAACAAACGGAGAGCUCUUGCAAGGCGUGGGAUACAUUGACGACAUCAAAGUGAAGCUGGAGGCAGCUUGUCCUCUGACAGUGUCAUGUGCUGACAUACUCUCAUUCGCCGCCAUGGAAGCCAUGACACUUCUCGGAGGACCUCGAUGUCCGUAUCUCGGAGGCCGCCGCGACGGAAUGGUGUCGCUUGCUUCUCAAGUAGACAUAGACCGAAACAUUCCUCUCCCAGAAUGGACCGUCGACCAAAUCAUCCAACUCUCCCAUAAGAAAGGGUUCAGCGUGGAGAACAUGGUGGUUCUCAGUGGCGACCACUCUGCUGGUGUGGCUCACUGUAGUGUCUUCAAGGACAGGAUAGUUGGGUACGGUGGGUCGCCGAAACCUAACGUGCCAAACCAGCUGGUGACAGGGCCGGCUAUGAAGCGUAAGCCACCGGGGACGACGGAGGCGAGGGCAUAUCCGACGGUGAGCUUUGAAGAGACACCGACGGUACUUGAUAAUAUGUUCUUUAGGAAUCUGGUGGAACAAAAGAAGGCGUUGCUGGCAUCGGAUCAGAAUUUGCUUAACGAUCCAAGAACUUCUCCUUACGUGCAUCAGUUCGCCGGAGAUGAACAGUUGUUUAAGAACAAGUUUGCCGACGCGUUGGUUCGGAUGUCUUCUUUAGAUGUGCUUAUUGGGAAGAGUGGGGAGAUUAGAAGGACUUGUAAGUUAACAAAUUAG